AACAAACAGCACGGGGUUCUACCCGGAAUGUUAUUCCGCUUACACCGAGUUGAACGAGCGCGCCAUGUCCGGCAGCUUAAUGGCUGAUUUGCAGACGAGCUCCGCGUUAUCAGACACAGAGGCGAUGGCGGCUUUAGAGGAAACACGCUCCCGGCUCUGUGAGCAGUUUGUAACCGUCACCGGCUCGGACAGCGCCGUGGCUCAGUGUUACCUCGCUGAAAACCACUGGGACAUGGAGAGAGCCUUGAAUUCUUUCUUCGAAGCAGAUAUGGAGUCGGUUUUUGAUGUGGAGGACACAGAGGAGGAAAAUAAGAGACUAUCGAGUAAGAGAAAGGAGACAGAUACAGAUGCUCCAGAGGCGAAAAGGAAGAUGAGCUCCAGAGCAGCAGAUUGUAUCGACUUGACCGAGGACGAGCCUGCUUGCUCUAAUUCCAAACGCAGUUCGGAGGACGAAGCUGACGGCAAGUUCUCGCUCAUAUCCUGGAACGUGGAUGGCUUGGACACGCUGAACCUGGCGGAACGAGCCAGAGGCCUGUGCUCUUAUCUGGCACUAUACACACCAGACGUGGUAUUCCUGCAAGAACUCAUCCCUCAGUAUGUUCAGUAUCUUAAGAAGCGGGUCGUCAGCUACCAGAUUGUUGAAGGAAAUGAAGAGGGAUACUUCACUGCCCUGCUGCUGAAGAAAUCAAGAGUAAAAUUGCAGAGUAGUGAAAUAAUUCCUUACCCAACAACACAGAUGAUGAGAAAUCUGUUGUGUGCCAAAGUAAGUUUUUUAGGUCAUGAGCUGUGUUUGAUGACCUCACACUUGGAGAGUUGUAAAGAUCAGGCUGUAGAGAGGAAGAAGCAGCUGAAGGUGGUGUUGCAGACCAUAACAGAGGCGCCAGAUAACGUGACGGUCAUUUUUGGAGGUGACACCAAUCUUCGAGACUCUGAGGUAGCACAAGUGGGUGGUCUGCCUCCUGGCGUGGUCGAUGUGUGGGAGGAGCUCGGCAAAGAGGAGCACUGCAGAUACACAUGGGACACUAAACUGAACAGCAACAAAGGUGUGUCGUAUAUCAGCAGGUGUCGCUUCGACCGUAUCUACCUGAGACCUGCCAAAACAGGGGCUAAAGUGAGUCCGGAGCACAUGGCGCUGGUCGGGAUGGAGAAGCUGGACUGUGGCAGCUACACCAGCGAUCACUGGGGAAUCUACUGCAGUUUCACCAGUUGAGUUUGGAGUGUAUGAUGUUAUCCACUCGCAGUCUUGGAAGACGUCUAGACAUGCUUGAGUGAUUUUAAGCAAGAAGACAGAAUGGUUGGUUUUAUGAUUUUUCCCUCAGCUUGAUCAGAGUAUAAUGCAUAGAUGUUUCAUCACAAUCUGGCUGCUUGAUUUUACCUGUUAUGUGGCAUUCUUAAAAUUCACAGAGAAAUUGCAAGUGAAAUUAAGUGGUUUUAGAGCUGUCUAAAAGAAAAACACAUUCUGACCCAUAUUUGGGGGAAAACUGUGCACUCGCUCCAGUUUAGAGGUCUCUUUCAUCUAGGUUGUUAUUUACUGCACUUACUGCUACGCUCACACUUAGUUCUAAGCUGAAUUACACACUGAUGAUCUAACUUUAAUUGUUUUUGUCUAGAGGACUACACUACUGUGCAAAAGUCUUAGGCACAUGCAAAGAAAUGCUGUAGAGUAAAGAUGCCAUCAAAAAUGAAAUUAUAUGUUUCUACAUUUAAAAAAAAAAAUACUAUAAAAAGCAGUAAACAGUAAUAAAUGAAACAAAGUCAAUAUUUGGUGUGUCAGCCCUGUGCUUUAUAAAAAAAAUUAUUGGUCUCAGGUACAAUAUAUUCAGUUUUAUAAGGAAGUUAUCUGGUAGGUUUUACUGAUCAUCUUACAGAACCAGUCACAGUUCUUCUGGAGACUGUCACGCUUGCUUCUAAUUUUGCAGCAAAACCCAGCAGCCUUCAUGUUUUUUUGUCUGAAAAGUGUCUCUUAUGUAAUAUGCUGCUUUCUUUACUGACAUACAAACAUUUUUCUGUUACAUUUAAGUUUGUGCUGGAAAACUAAUGUUAGGGAAUCUAAAAUGGUUUUUGUACUGACUCUAUAAUGUAGAAAUCAUAAAAUAAAAAUCUAUAACAAAGUUUUUACUAAAAAAAUAUAGGGUGCUUAAGACUUUUGCACAGUACUGUACAUUCACUGGGAACAGUGUAUUCCAUCAUUAACUGUUAUAAAUGUGCCUGUUUACUAUUCUCAUCUUUUUUUUGAUUCUUGUGUAUAUAAUUGCAUAAACACUUAAUAAACUAAAUGAAUCUUUAAGUUA